UAUAAAAAUUUAUUAUUUUUAUUUAAGUUUCAUAAAUAAAAUAUUUACAUAAACAAUAAAACAAUGUUUGUUACUAUUAGUUAUAUGAAAUUAUUUGUACUGACUUUUGUAUGGGUGGCAUACGUCCGGUGCGAAUGCGAGAUCUCUAUGGAGGCCGCAGACAAAUGCGGAAUGAAAAUGAUGUUAUUUGGCAAUCGUGAGGCAACGGCGCCCACCAAUGAUGCACAACUCGAUAACUUUUGCGGUCAGGCCCGUACUAAUAUGAAAUGUGUCAGCGAUUUCAACGAUCUGUGCUUAAAGGGAAAUGUACAAAUGGCUAUUAAGAUUGCACUAAACAAUGGCAAAAAAUAUAUGGAUAAGCGAUGCAACAAUCCUAAGGAUAGAUCGGAUUUCAUGAAACACGUCCAGUGUUUGUCACCGAAAGAAAAGAUGGAACCGUUUCACGUAUGCGCCGAUAAACACCUGGUUAUGCUCAGCAAACUCAGGGAUGUGACCAAAGAGGAUCGCGUUCCCACCCUAUGCUGUAUAACACAUCUAUCUCAGGAUUGCCUACGAAAACAAUUUCAGUCGACUUGCGGUGAAGACACCGCCAACUAUUGGGACGACUCAUGGAAUGAAUUGGUUGAAGAGAACAUGUCGUUUGCCUGUUCUAACUAUGACUCUAUAGCCAAGUGUGAGAGUGAUCUGAAUCCGACUGCUUUGAAGACAAUCAAAGACGUGAUCGCCACGGAUGACGCAGCAGUCUUAGCUCAAAGACAUAAAUUCAAGUCUGAAAUCUCAACAGCUGUCGAAUUGAUGGAGUUUUUUGAUUAA